UUGUAUUGUUAUCAGCAAUUCCAAAAAGUCGCUGAAUCAGUCAGGAACUGGAAGACCAGGCCCAGCGACAGUGAGAACCUCUCACUCUACUCCCUCUACAAGCAGGCCGUCUUCGGUGACGUCAACAUUGCUGAACCCAGCGGUCUCGUUGAGAAGGCCAAGUUCAAGGCCUGGUCCGACCGUAAAGGGAUCUCAAAGGAUGACGCUAAGAAACAGUACAUCGAACAAGCGGAGAAGUUGCAGUCCAAAUACGCCUAA